CCAAUUUUCUCCGCAGUUCUUAUCAACGCAGUCUCUUCUCGGGUCUUCCGCAGACAACGCAACGACAGAUCAGCUCUAUCUCGUUCCUUCGCAUAAGAGAUAUGGAUGUCCAACGAGUAUCACAAGAACUUAUUCUAAACAUCAUCUAUUUUUGCGAUUUGCCGACCAUAAAGCAUCUCCGCUUGGCCAACAGAUCAAUCCGAGAUCUUAUCGAUACUUAUCAGAUCUCUAUCUGUGGGGUUAUCACGAAGCGCCUGUUCGACGAAAAGGAAAUAGAAUCCUUUCGAUUGCUGGAUGCUAAUGUCCCGGCCUACCAGUCACUCUUGGCACUCGAUUAUCGAGUACGAACAGCAAAAUGGCUCACUGGAGUGGCCCUUGAGAAUUUCCAGGAAGAUCCGAUUCCAACAGGUUUCGGAAACGUCGAGGCCGGCGACCCUAGGGGAGAUCCACUCAGAGAAUAUGUGAAUACUGGAUGGAUGGUAUUGUGGCGCUUAUCAGACAUCGCUCGAAGGGUGGUGUGCGAAAUGAUUGGGAAGAACAAGACGAACUUCAACCAUCCUAUUAGCUCCUGGACACGAGGAUCACCUCUUGUACGGAAACUUGAGGCCUCUGUCCAGAAACAACAGCUCGAGUAUGUCAACUCUCUCUCGUUCUUUGAAGCCUUCGCCUAUCAUAUGAUGCACGUCUAUGUUUCAGGGGCUUUUCACGAUAGAGUUUUUGAUGAUCCACGGGGCAGGAAUUCUGACUGGAGGACUGGAAAUGAAUUCGGAAUCAACAACUCCUGGUUAAAUUGGCUUGUCUUUAGAGAGGGUCCUAGUUUCUUUAGGAGGGCUUGGGCGACUAGAGAAGGAAAUGCGGAAUGUCUAAAGCUUAUCAUAACAGAAUGGUCAAAGCGAUCUAAGCAGCAAGUUCUGAUUGAGCAUGCUGCUGCCAAAGAAGUUGAGGAGAGACUUCUUCAGGUGGGCAAAGUACUGGAAAAUGGUGAUCUGUUUCUUCUUAAAGUAGGGAUCAAGCAAGUGGAAUUUCUGGGCGGCAUAAUCAAUAGGCUACAAAGAAUGAAAGUUGUCAAUCUCAAGCAAGUUGGUAUUCAAAUGUUUCUUGCAUCCCAAAUCGUUCUCAUCCAAUUACAAACUUUACCAGGACCUUCAACUAUUUUCUUCAUCCUUAAAGCAAGGACCUUUAACCUCUUCUAUACACUGCUCAUCAUGGUAACCGCUAUUAAGGCAAUGCCAAAUCCCGUUAGUCACACCAUGACCCAUACAAUCACAACCAAGAAACUAGUUAUCCCGACUGCAACGGCUGCCCAAGAGCCAGCAAAAGAGCCUGUCUCACAGAAGAAAUCUUUAAGCAUAGGCACAGAUACACAUAGUUACGCAGAGCCAACUGUCUCUGUUGAGACAGUGUAUCUAAGACCAGAGAACCAGUUCCUCACCACGAUGCCAGCGGAUACUCGUCCUGUCAUCAUGGCAACUCCUACAGGAACGGCAUAG